UCUCCCUCUCUCUCUCUUUCUAUCUCUCUCUCCCCCUCAAAUCAGCACAGACGGGCGUGAGACUUUCAGUAGAAACGGCCUCACUUCUUUCUCGCCCUCGAGCACUGCUUCGCGCAACCAUGGAGAACUACGAACAUGCCGCGGGUUCACUCCAGGGGAUUAGGGUGCUUGCCGAGGACCCCAUCCACAUGCAGACCAUGACCCAAACACAAGUGUUCUCUGGCGACCAGACCGUGGAGAUGGCGUGCCGCUUCCUGACCAAGCCCCUGGUCGACGACGUGGUCCGCCGUCCUGUCAAGGAGCGAAGCCUCAACACCACCGCCACCGCCACCCCGGCAAACACCGAUCCUCGCUGCAUCCAUGUCGUCCGUCAGGAUGGCACGUCGAGGAAGAGGCCAGUGGAAGUGGACCACUCAGACAACGGGGGCUUCGAUGGCAGGACCUCCAAGAAGAUCAACUUCCAGUGGGCUACACAGAAGCAGCUCAAUGGAACGGAAGACAAUACUCAGAAAAAUAUAAGAGAACCUCUGGAGCAUGACAGUGUAAGAGCAACUAUGGAUCAAGUCAGCAGCCAUCUUCAGAAAUACAAACCGGAUUCCCAAUUUGAUCUGCUAUCAACUACGCCCACUACUAGCCUAUCAUACUCUAACGAUUCUUGGAUGAACUAUUCGACAUCUCAAGAUAGUGAGGGAAGUUCUGGAUUCAACAUGAGGUCCCUGGGAGCAAGAAAUCUUAACCAAAUAAGCCGGCUAAGUGGUAGUACAUCACCAGUUGGUUUGGGCGUUUAUGCAAAUGGGAGCAGCACAACAGGUCUUGGUGGAGCUGCUAUUAAGGGACCAACAUCUAGUACUAGUAAUGGCAACGGAAAUAGCAAUGCUAAUGGUUAUGGUUAUCGGUAUGGUAGUGGCAACAGUAAUAGUUAUGGUAAUCUUAAUGAUAAUGGUUAUGGUUACGGUUAUGCUGAUGGUAAUGGUGGUCAUGGUGGAGUUCUAACAGAUGGGAUCAUGUCAAAUGCAUCAUUUUCGUCCAACCUAGCACAACCAAUACAGCAGCCAAUUCCCACUUUCAAUUUAUUUCCAAGUAACACUGUGUGUGCCAUGGAUAAUCCAAACCAUACAAGGCAACAAGAGCUUGUACCACAGUUAUAUCGACUCAGUUAUGACUGUAGAAAUGGAGGGAUAUCUAUGUCGCCUUGGCCUCAGGAUGAUGGUGCUGACCUACGCAGAAGGUACCAGGGUGAGAACGAGGUCACUGAAAAUACGGUGACCAUGGACGUGACCCAUGGAAUUAAGAAUGCGGCAACCGUGGACAUGCCACAAGGAAUGCAGACUGCUGCAAUCGGGGAGAUGACGAAGGAAAUGCUUGGAGAUGGUCAGACCAGUGCAGUGCAGCCUCAAGGCCUUGGCGGUGAGUUUUCGAACUGGGAGAGCACUACUUUUGGAACAGCUGGCACAUCAGCUGGAGGAGUAGUCACAGAUGAGACGCUAGAUUGGCUAACUCCAGCUGAAUUCGAAAACCUUAUGAACACCACUUGGUCUGAACUCUGAAGGCACGGACCAGACGUGGGAGCAUACAUAGAACAAAAAGAAAACAUGAUAUUGUCCAUUUUGCUCCGGUGAAUGGUGAAGAAAGCUUCGGUGCUAGAAUUUGUUACUUUUGCCUUGGAUGAAAAGUUUCUUGUAAUCUGGAUUGGGAGAAACGGAUAGUGGUUGGACAGAAACAAAAUUGAAUCUCUUUUAAGCCAUCCAUUGCCAUUUUUCUUA